AUGCGACCCUUUUUCAGGAUUGCAGUCGAUGCUUCAGCCGAUUUUCUUUCAUUAUUUUCGCUUAUGAAUAUGGAUAAAGCAAAUCAGUCAAGUUAUCUUCUUGUAUUGACCGACGCAGCUGCUUUUACACCAGAAGAGAUAACUUUCGAAAAUUUGCCGAAAUGUCGAAUACAUUUUGCAGUCGUUGUCGAUGAUCAAUUUGUAUGCGAUGAUCAGAUUGCUAGAUUUGUUGCUAUUUCUGCGAAAAGUGAAGGAUUAACUAAUAUUGAUGAUGUAGAUGAUUUUUUAAAUUAUUUGCCAUAUUUCAAAAGUGAUUUCGAAAAUACCGAUGCAUAUUGUACGGCAAUUGCUGAAAAUAUAUGUCCCACUGUUAAAAUAACACUUAAAUGUGGAAUGUUCAGCACUGAUAUUAAAUUAUUACCAUCAGAGAUGGAAAAUGAAUGGGACAAUCAAAUAGAAAUUAUUGGUUUUGUCAAAUCGGCAAAUCUAGCCAAUGCUCCAUCUUUUGAUCAUCAUUUUAUUGUGCGAGACGAUAAGACAGGCGAUAAUAGAACAUCUGAUGAAAAUUAUUUGUUGAAUAUGUUAUGUUCAGCAUUGCAAAUAGAAGAUUCCGUCGCUAUUUGUCGUCUUAAUGCUUAUACCUAUGGCACGAUAUGUCCUAUAAGAGAAUCAAAUUCGUGGCAAUUAUCCAUUCAAUCGUUUCCACUCGGAUUAAAUUCUCUCAGUUGGAUCCCAAAUUUUGAGGAUUUGACUAUAAAAGAAGAACAUGAUAAUGCAUCAAACGAUUCAGAAGAUCUUUCUGCUGCUGUUGAUUGUUCUGCUAGGUUAUCCUAUUCUGCUACUAAUAUUCGAACUUGUUGGAAUGAUGUCCAUGGCAUUCAGAGUGACGUGCAAAAGCUUGUUCGUUUAUUAAGGAAAAUGCCAGAGCGUACAACAGCUUUUUAUACAGAAUUAAAUCGAGUGAAUGCAUAUGCAUGUGCAAUUGGAGCUGAAGAUUUUCUCCAGAAACUCAUCAUUAUAAUGGAAAAAGAAAGUGAAAAUUAUUGCGCAGUCGUAAAAAAACAUUGUUCUCAUGUUUGUGAGAGAUUAAGGUAA